AGCCCCCAGGCAGCCGGCAAUCGCAGCCUCCUUCCCCCCGAGCGGAGCUGCGGGGCCGGCCGGGCCGGGGCGGACCCCGGGAGCCCGGACGCGGCCGCCCGGGCCCGCGGGCGGGGGGAUCGGUGGGGGCACCGGCGUCAGGGGCAGUCACCAUGGAGUUCCGCCAGGAAGAGUUUCGGAAGCUAGCGGGUCGCGCCCUCGGGAAGCUGCACCGCCUUCUGGAGAAGCGACAGGAAGGUGCCGAGACACUGGAGCUGAGUGCUGAUGGGCGCCCGGUGACAACGCAGACCCGGGACCCUCCGGUUGUGGACUGCACCUGUUUUGGCCUCCCUCGCCGCUACAUUAUCGCCAUCAUGAGCGGUCUGGGCUUUUGCAUCAGCUUUGGCAUCCGCUGCAACCUGGGCGUGGCCAUCGUCUCCAUGGUCAACAACAGCACGACCCACCGUGGGGGUCACGUKGUGGUGCAGAAAGCCCAGUUCAGCUGGGAUCCAGAGACUGUCGGCCUCAUACACGGCUCCUUUUUCUGGGGCUACAUUGUCACUCAGAUUCCUGGAGGAUUUAUCUGCCAAAAAUUCGCCGCCAACAGGGUUUUCGGUUUUGCCAUUGUGGCUACCUCCACUCUAAACAUGCUGAUCCCUUCAGCUGCCCGCGUCCACUAUGGCUGUGUCAUCUUCGUGAGGAUCCUGCAGGGGUUGGUAGAGGGGGUCACCUACCCUGCCUGCCACGGGAUCUGGAGCAAAUGGGCCCCUCCCUUAGAACGGAGUCGCCUGGCGACGACAGCCUUUUGCGGUUCCUAUGCUGGGGCGGUGGUCGCGAUGCCCCUCGCCGGGGUCUUGGUGCAGUAUUCGGGAUGGAGCUCUGUUUUCUACGUCUACGGCAGCUUCGGGAUCUUCUGGUAUCUGUUCUGGUUGCUUGUCUCCUAUGAGUCCCCUGCACUGCACCCCAGCAUCUCCGAGGAGGAGCGCAAGUACAUCGAGGACGCCAUCGGCGAGAGCGCCAAACUCAUGAACCCUCUCACGAAAUUUAACACACCCUGGAGGCGCUUCUUCACGUCUAUGCCAGUCUAUGCCAUCAUCGUGGCUAACUUCUGCCGCAGUUGGACAUUCUACCUGCUCCUCAUCUCCCAGCCCGCGUACUUUGAAGAAGUGUUUGGCUUUGAGAUCAGCAAGGUGGGCCUGGUGUCAGCGCUGCCCCAUCUGGUCAUGACUAUCAUCGUGCCCAUCGGGGGUCAGAUUGCGGACUUCCUGCGGAGCCGCCGUAUCAUGUCCACCACCAACGUGCGCAAGUUGAUGAACUGCGGGGGCUUUGGCAUGGAAGCCACGCUGCUGUUGGUGGUCGGCUACUCGCACUCCAAAGGCGUGGCCAUCUCCUUCCUGGUCCUUGCGGUGGGCUUCAGUGGCUUCGCCAUCUCUGGGUUCAACGUGAACCACCUGGACAUCGCUCCGCGCUAUGCCAGCAUCCUCAUGGGCAUUUCCAACGGCGUGGGCACGUUGUCAGGCAUGGUGUGCCCUAUCAUCGUGGGUGCCAUGACUAAGCACAAGACUCGGGAGGAGUGGCAGUACGUGUUCCUAAUAGCCUCCCUGGUGCACUAUGGGGGUGUCAUCUUCUAUGGGGUCUUUGCCUCUGGAGAGAAGCAGCCAUGGGCAGAGCCCGAAGAGAUGAGUGAAGAGAAGUGUGGGUUCGUUGGCCAUGACCAGCUGGCUGGCAGUGAUGAAAGUGAAAUGGAGGAUGAAGCGGAGCCCCCUGGAGCACCCCCGGCUCCCCCUCCUUCCUAUGGGGCAACCCACAGCACGGUUCAGCCUCCCAGGCCCCCACCCCCUGUCCGGGACUACUGACCAUGUGCCUCCCACUGAAUGGCAGUUUCCAGGACCUCCACUUCAUACAUCUCUGGCCUGAGUGGCAGUGUCAAGGAACCCCACUCCUCUGUCCUGCCAGGCCUAAGAAGCACUUUCCCUUAUCCCCAGUGCUGUCAAAACCUCUUCCCUUCCCAACUGCCUCUCAGGGGGAGUGAAGCUGCAGACUGGCAGUUUCAAGAAUACCCAAUUCCCCUUGAAGUUUCCCUUCUCUACUUGUUCUGCCUCAGUGGUUUCAAAUCUCUCCUUUCAGGGCUUUAUUUGAACCGACAGUUCAAUCUUUUACUCUUGUGGUUUUGAGGCACCCCCUCCUUUCCUUUAACCCCAGAGACUCUCAGGUUAAUCCCUGAGAUUCCUCAGUCCCCCUCCCCAGAAAAGUUCAAGGUCCUCCUCUAGAAUUUCCAAAUCUCUCCUUACUCUUCUGCAUUUUCCUAGGCUGGUUUACCAAUUCCCCAUCCCCGCCAUUCCAGGGAUUCAUUCUCACCAGCGUUUCUGAGGGAAAAACGGCGGUUUCAACCCCUCCCCCCUCCCCCCUACCACCAGCAGAUUCUGCUGAUGCACCAAAUUCACCAACCUUCUCCCUAGCUUUGCACAGCGUCCAGGGAAACAACCAAAAAGGCAGUUUUAACAACAUGCCUUCCUCCCCUCCCCCGUGCACUUUUUCUGAUACAGUUUUCAGGUCUAAAUAGUGGCUGCUCUAGUCUAUUAAUUCAAUGGUUUGAAGCCACCACCAUUGAACUUCCCCAUGGUGGUUUCAAGAUGCCCCCACUUCCCCCAAUUCCUUGCACUUUAUUCUCCUGGGUGGUAUCAGACUACCCGAAGUUUCUCAGUGGCCAUUUGUUGUGUCCCUCAGGGGCUAAAUGACUUAAAGUCUGGGAUCCUUCCCCUCUCAGAUACCCCUCUUUCAGUUUAGAAUUUGGGGAACAUAUGUAGGAGAAGUCACAGAAUCCCAGGAAAGGGAGUGGGACUGGGGAAAGGAGUGUUUUUCCUGGGGCAGGGUCGUGUCUUGGUGUCUGUCUCUGUGAUUGUAAAUCCUGCCCUGCCCCACUCCAAUAAAAUGCUUUGGUGUACAGACUCA